UUUAUUCAUAUUUGAAUUCAUCGUUUUGCUUGUACUUUAUAUAUUUUCAGGUGGAUGUGUUGAUUUUGAUUUUUCUACUGUUUUUAGUUUUUGAUCUGGCCGAUGUUAGCUCAGGUUUUGGAUUUGAUUCAGCCAAUUCAUGUAGUCCCAAUGGAAAAAUAUCUCGCCGAGGUCGAGCUCAAAUGCUAGCUGCUAUUCCAUGUGAUUUGGGAAAGCAAGCAUUUUGCAAUUUGCCGGGAUCAGCGUAUCCCUGGCACGCAGUGCGACGAUUCGUUCAUGAGAAUCAGGGACUGAUGAAGCGCAUGUAUGGAGAUGUGCGUCAUAUAUCAAUUCUACGUGAUGAAAUACAAAACAAUGAAGUAGAUAUGGAUGAUAUGGAAGAUACAGCUGAGAGGUAUAGCAAAGAUGGUGGCGCUCGUGGACGUAAUGCCAAGUAUUUAAUGCAUGGCCGAGAAAAAGAUCGGGAUAGGGAGCGAGAUGAUUUCGUAAGCUAUAAAGGAAAUGAUGUUUUAAUGGAGCCACAUUUUCGGCCAGUUUCCGUGACAGCAGCAACGACAACCACCACAAAAGACACAACAACAACAUCUGCAAUUUUAUCGAACAGUAAUUCCACGGAAAAGCAGUCAACUUUUACAACAGCACAGCCAACCAAAUCCACGAAGAAUUCCACAGCCAAUCCCUUACCAGCCUUGGCAGUGGCAGAUCCAGAGACAAAUAGCGUGUAUGAAAAGCCUGACGGUAGCAGUACCACGGCUUCACCAAAGAGCGAGACUAAUAAAAUUGGAAUUAAUGAUUCACUCCAAUUAGGCCUACGUAAUCUCACAUUGGAUGUCAAAUCGGAAGCCAUGAAACUAUCAUCUACAACACCCGCUUCAGAAAAUGUGAAACUUCAGUCCAGCGAACACUUAAUGAAGUCUAAGUCCAGCUCAACAACCACAACCUCUAAGACGCCUUUUAUAGUCCGGCGUAAUAUAACUAGAUCCACGCCACCAGUAACCACGCCCAUGAGCUUCUCCUCAUUUCUCUCAGCUUCCACCAGUACAUCUGCAGUGUUGGGCCAACGACGUCCACUGAACACGUCAACUCCUGCUCCAAUGACUUCCACCGCCAAACCGUCGCUGCUACGGGAGGGGCAACUUUUUCAAGAUGCUAUGAAACAGGAACCAGUGUCCAUAAGUAGUAAUAUGCGAGGAGUAAAUGCCUGUCCUGUUAAGGAUGAGGUAGUGGCACCAUUCUGGGCAAAUAAUACUCGUGGAGAAGUUUUAGCCCUGCUAAAUCUUUAUCCGUUUGAGCAGUAUGUGCAUUGGGAAAAGUGUACGCAAGAAUUUAAGCAAAUGUUCUGCCGCGAUGGCUGCCGUUGUGAGCAACAAUAUCGAUUGCAUCGCCUGUUGGCUUACGAUCCUCACAAUGAAUGCAGAGGGAUCUUUUCCGAUUGGUUUCGUUUCCCAUCCAGUUGCAUUUGCAAAUGCUAUAACAUACCCAUGGAAUUUCGGGCCACUUCGCGGAGUCCCCGCUCUGAAAGUAGUUUUGAUCCCAAUCCCAUUGAGACUGCAGAGGCACAGGUGCAAAGAGCUAUCUAUGAGCAUGCCACAGAUGAUUGGUAUCGUCCGCGUGAUGAAUUUGAUUACUUUGAAGGGUAACAUGCUCCAAUAGUCUUUGUAUUCAACAACUGUAAAUUAUUAACUAGAAUAAAUAUUAUUGUCAAUUCUAUGCGAUAUUGUUGCCGCAUAUGGAAGAGUAAAGAAAGAAAUAUUAGAUAUUUUUACAAAAACAUGUGAUAAACGCAUCGA